UAUAUGCUGCUUAAAGUGAAAGAGACACAUUUAGUACGUUUAUCCUUGAUAAGUGAGACUUGAUAUCUGUUUUUUUUUCUCAGCUAAGUUUAUUUUGUGAAACAGGCGUUCCAGUCCUCCAAGCGAGGCUAGUCUUUGAAGGAGUCUUUACUGCCCUAUUGUUACAUAACAGGUCUAGUAUCGCAUGGAAAUCAAAUCCUGAUCAUGACAAAAAUGACAAGACAGUAAUUACAAAAGCAAGGAGCCUCGAUUGCUACUCGUGGUGUCGAAUCACUGUGAUAAUAUUUCCCGGAAUUCAAAACAGGUCAUAACGAAAUACACUGGAUGAAAAACGGAAAGGUGAAAAUCCAUCUAGGUGCGAUUUACUCAGAUAUACUUUUGUUUUUUUGAACGCUUGGAUUUUGCGUUAUACCUUGCAAGCUCAUGGCCUUGUGGGCGGCUAAGGCCGUCUCACCACAAUGUACCUAUCGCGUAAUUGAGACACUACGGUAAAAAUCAGAGAAGAGUAUUCGCGCGUCCACGUGAUUGAAGCACGCCAUGACAACCUUGCCCAAUGGUACAAAUACAACGGCUCCUGCCAUAUCUGAAAUCACGCACACUGCAGGCUUUACAUGGGAUGUGUGCUUCUCAGAUCAAAAGAUACAAGUGUAUAUCAUCAGAGCCGGCGGUAUCUAUCAAGAUAAAUUCAGCGACCCUGAAAGACUCCGAAAAGCUGCUUAUUUUCUACCAUUUCGGCCGAAUAAGUAUGACUCAUCAGGCUUGGCAUGGAAGCCUGAGUCAUUCCGUACAGUUAUCCCGCUCGCCCCUGGCACCUAUCAUCUGCUGUUCCGAAUUUAUGAUAAAUCCACGAGAGAUUAUGGAGACCUCACUACGCUAGAUGUGUACGACAAGACGACUUUAGCCUCGGGCCGUGUCGUCAAUUAUAUCGACGUCUCGGGGGAAGAGAAAAACGUCAUAGCCAGGCAGGAUAUUUUUCUUCAAUGCAACAAAGGAUCGUUAUAUGACCGCAAUGACGGCCUGACAGAUAGCGGAGAAGGCGAGACGUCUACAUGUCGAUGCCGCUGCGUGCUGUUGUGAUGUGGGGUAAAGGAUUACGGCGAUGAUGCGUGUUGCCAUGGAAGAUUACGGCGAUGAUGCGUGUUGCCAUGAAAGAUUACGGCGAUGAUGCGUGUUGCCAUGAAAGAUUACAGCGAUGAUGCGUGUUGCCAUGGAAGAUUACGGCGAUGAUGCGUGUUGCCAUGAAAGAUUACGGCGAUGAUGCGUGUUGCCAUGGAAGAUUACAGCGAUGAUGCGUGUUGCCAUGAAAGAUUACAGCGAUGAUGCGUGUUGCCAUGAAAGAUUACGGCGAUGAUGCGUGUUGCCAUGAAAGAUUACAGCGAUGAUGCGUGUUGCCAUGAAAGAUUACAGCGAUGAUGCGUGUUGCCAUGAAAGAUUACAGCGAUGAUGCGUGUUGCCAUGAAAGAUUACAGCGAUGAUGCGUGUUGCCAUGGAAGAUUACGGCGAUGAUGCGUGUUGCCAUGAAAGAUUACGGCGAUGAUGCGUGUUGCCAUGGAAGAUUACAGCGAUGAUGCGUGUUGCCAUGAAAGAUUACAGCGAUGAUGCGUGUUGCCAUGAAAGAUUACGGCGAUGAUGCGUGUUGCCAUGAAAGAUUACAGCGAUGAUGCGUGUUGCCAUGAAAGAUUACAGCGAUGAUGCGUGUUGCCAUGAAAGAUUACAGCGAUGAUGCGUGUUGCCAUGAAAGAUUACGGCGAUGAUGCGUGUUGCUGUAAGAGACUACGGCGAUGAUGCGUGUUGCCAUGAAAGAUUACGGCGAUGAUGCGUGUUGCCAUGAAAGAUUACGGCGAUGAUGCGUGUUGCUGUAAGAGACUGCGGCAAUGAUGCGUGUUGCCAUGAAAGAUUACGGCGAUGAUGCGUGUUGCCAUGAAAGAUUACGGCGAUGAUGCGUGUUGCCAUGAAAGAUUACAGCGAUGAUGCGUGUUGCCAUGGAAGAUUACGGCGAUGAUGCGUGUUGCCAUGAAAGAUUACGGCGAUGAUGCGUGUUGCCAUGGAAGAUUACAGCGAUGAUGCGUGUUGCCAUGAAAGAUUACAGCGAUGAUGCGUGUUGCCAUGAAAGAUUACGGCGAUGAUGCGUGUUGCCAUGAAAGAUUACAGCGAUGAUGCGUGUUGCCAUGAAAGAUUACAGCGAUGAUGCGUGUUGCCAUGAAAGAUUACAGCGAUGAUGCGUGUUGCCAUGAAAGAUUACGGCGAUGAUGCGUGUUGCUGUAAGAGACUACGGCGAUGAUGCGUGUUGCCAUGAAAGAUUACGGCAAUGAUGCGUGUUGCCAUGAAAGAUUACGGCGAUGAUGCGUGUUGCGGUGAAAGAUUGCGGCGACGAUGCGUUAGUUUCCAGAAUCAACAACGCCUGAGAAAUAAACCUUACUAUGAUAUUCAAAAAUAGCAAAAUCGCAAUAUGAAAAUCGACUGUAGCCAACUCUCUUGCAACACCCACUGAACAAUAAAUUGCCCCUGUAACGUAUACAAUUAUAUUUUCCACAGGCGCAUUAUAACGCAUUUCAAUUCCAUUCUUUAUAAAAUAAUUCUAUAUAUAAUAAAAUUUGGAAUUGUCAGCUAGCGAAAGAGAA